AUGUCCGGGGUUUGGGUAUUCAAUAAUAAUGGUGGGUUUCGGUUAGUGGAAAACCCUCAAGGUGAGGGGAAAGCAUGUAGUUUAAAGAAAAAGGUGUUGGUUCACUUGCCAAGUGGGGAAGUGGUUUCUUCCUAUAGUUCUUUGGAGCAAAUCUUGACUAGUUUAGGGUGGGAGAGGUACUAUGGGACUGAUCCACAACUCUACCAAUUCCACAAGCAUUCUUCCACUGACCUAAUCUCUCUUCCAAAGGACUUCUCCAAGUUCAAUUCAAUCUAUAUGUACGAUAUAGUCAUCAAGAACCCCAAUAUCUUCCACGUGCGGGAUAUGUGA